AUCAAGUACGACCAAAAAACGAGGACAGACACGCAUGAAACACGACUUUAGUGGAUACAAUGACCAGCAACCAUAUUUGGAAAGUAUUUGCUCCUUAUGACGUCUUCAGCCAACCAGAAGCUUACCUCAUUGGUCAUGUGACAACAGACAGCCAAUCAAUUUACAUCACAGCCUCAUCACAUGAUGUCUCUGCAGCCAAUCAACUUCCAGACAUGCAGCUUAUUGGCUAUUGGUCCAGAUUUAAAAAUAGAAUUUCCAAGAGAAGAUCUCCUGUAAAGCUAGAGCAGUGGAUUAGUGUUUGGAAGGAUGAGAAUGCAGACAUUCAUUGUGAAGUUAUUAAUGAUGCUGAGACCUUUCAAUGCACACUUCUUAUAUAUAAUCCUUCAGAUGUAUUCAAGUCAGAAAUAUUAAAACAAAAAAAUGUUGACGCUUGUGAACAGAAUGAUAAUAUUACAUCACUAGUUAGAAUACUUCAUGCUACUAACUCUAACCUGUGUGACCUUGAGGUAACAGAGGGGAUAACUGUGUAUACAUCUGCAUCUAAAAGACAUGGCAUCAAUCAACUGGUGGUCUGGUUCCUAAUGUUUAUGGUGAAUUUUAUAUACCUGCCAUUCAGGAUAUGUUCCUACUCAAUUCAAAGGAAUGGUACAGGUACAGGUGACCCACUACAGAAAGUAAUGGGUGUUUCAUCUACAUUCUCACAGUUGGCUGCAAGGAGUAAACAACUUUGCCAUACAAAGUCUGGUGAUGAACUUAAGCCAUUUUGUAGACUAAGAUCGGUGAACACAUGUUUGCAGCAGCUGAUAGAUACAUUACUAGGAGUGACGCUGAUGUAUUUCUUAAUGUCAGAUAACAUGGCCCAAUAUCUAGCCAAUAUUUGUCUUUCCUAUGGAGAUAAAGUUGCUGGGGAACUGAAAGUUCUGCUAGACUGGUUGAUGGGGGCUCCAGCAGGUUUGAAACUCAACAGUCAACUUACCCAUAUCCUGGGCAAAUUCUUCCAGUACCACAUAUACCUGUGGUCAGGUUACCUGUAUGUAUUGAAGCCGGUGCUAGGACAGUUAGUGUACUAUGGUUCUAUAGCUGGUGUAUGGGGUCUGUCUGUCCAGCUGGCAUUGUUUCAGGACAUUCUCUCAACUAUGACCAUCCAUAUCUACUGCUUCUAUGUAUAUGCUGCCAGGUUAUAUAGGUUACAGAUGUAUGCAAUGGCAUCACUAUGGCGACUGUUCCGAGGAAAGAAAUGGAAUGUAUUACGACAGAGAGUGGACUCUGCAGUCUAUGAUGCUGACCAGUUGUUUGUGGGGACCUUACUGUUUACAGUGCUACUGUUUCUCCUACCAACAACAGGGCUGUACUACAUUGUAUUCACACUGUUAAGAGUGAUGGUAUUGACUGUACAGGGUGUGGUAUCCAGAUUGAGACAGCUGUUGAACCAUUUACCAUGUUGGUAUAUACUGCUUUGGUUGGCAAAAUCUACCUCACUCACAGAUGGUGCUGUAUUCCAGUUUGUAUCCUAUAAUGAAAGACCAUCAGCUUCAACCCUUGUGCUCAGUAUGCAGGCAACUCGACCGAGUUUUUCAGAGCUGCUAUGUCUUAUGAACAAGUCAACUGUGACUACCUCAGCCUAUUCAUGGGGAACUAUUGUGAAAAAUCUGUUUCUUGGACAUCUCAUCUAUCCAUGGAUUGAGAAGAAGAAAUCAACAUGACUGAAAAAUACAUUCCACGGUUUGUGGUGAUAAAAUGAAAGAUUAAACGUUUCUUUGUAUCCAGAUGACAUCUUGAGUUUGAGGUAGCCAGUUAUUAUUGCAGGCUCUACUUCAGGACAAGUUUUAACAACAUAAAAAAGUUAUGUGUUCUUUGGAAGUAGAUGUAAUGAGUUAUUCCUUAUGGAUGUCAAGUAUCCUGUACACUUGAUCUUAUUUUCAUAGGGGCAAUGGAAUCAGUGCUCAGCCUGUUCUAGUGCUCAACAUUUUUUGUCUACAUUUUCAUCAAAUAUUAUAGGAAUAACAUGUUUUGAAGUUCAGUCUUGCAUAUGUUUUGUCCAAAAAAUUGAGAUAUCUAAAAGGAAAUAUAUCAUUAAUUUGAUGUUUUAUAGCAUAAGCAUCAAAAGCAGAAAUGUG